GGGGUGGUGGUGUCUGAACACACACCUCCACUCAAGCAAAAGGAAAAAGGGCAAACUGCAUCACCAUGACUAAAGCCAUAAACAUGAUUCGGGUUUGUUUUGGUGAACAUCAAGUUGGACUCCAGUUGAAUGAAGAAGCCCAAUGAUGGCCACACUAGGGCCCAUUAAAUUUUGAACGAGCCCAAUAGCUUCCGGCGAACUUGAGAAAUCUUGAAUCUGGUUAGGAGUUGGUAUCGACGACGUUGCGAUGGAGAAGGAAGCAACAAUUGGUGGGAGUAGCCACGAUCCUUCUUCCUUCAACCUUCUUGUAUCGUCUCCUUCUGGCCUUCCACCCUCACAGGUUUCUGUGGCAUUCAGCGACGCCUAUGACCGAGUCCCCCACGCUGACGCCAGCUUGGAGAACACCAUUUCUGAGAUAUGGGAACAGAGGACUCUCAAAAACAACUCGCUCUUCAAUGGAAAUAAGUUCAGGUAUGGAGGGUAUGUGUUUCACGCUGGAGGUGGAUCAGAUCAUGAACCGCAUAUAUGCCUCCACCUUGGUUUGACAGAUUAUAGGACUUUUGUGGGUACGAAUUUAAGUCCUUUGUGGGAAAGGUUCCUGGUUCCAUCAGAAGAUGAUUCUGUUCUUUGUCAACACACCUCCAGCCCACUAGGAAAUGGUGCAGUGGUGGAGACGAUUGACAAUAAGAUUCUAGUAUUACAACGAAGUAAUAAUGUUGGUGAAUUUCCUGGGUAUUUUGUUUUCCCUGGUGGCCAUCCUGAGCCUCAAGAAAUUGGUAUUUCAUCCCAUCAAUAUGUCAAGGAGUUAACGGAAUCUAUUGACACUAAGGUUUCACAGGAGAUGUUUGACAGUAUAGUUCGUGAAGUAGUUGAAGAAAUUGGUGUGCCAGCUUCGUCCCUUAGCAACCCAGCUUUCAUUGGUAUAUCUCGCAGGGAUUUGAAUGUGAGACCGACUGCAUUUUUCUUUAUCAAAUGCAAUCUUGACUCAAAGGAAGUUCAGCAGUUUUAUUCUAGUGCUCAAGAUGGCUAUGAAUCAACCCAGCUAUAUGCUGUUCCAAUGAUUGAACUGGAAGACAUUGCUUCUAAGAUGCCUGGUUGUCAUCGAGGCGGAUUUGCUCUUUAUAAAUUGAUGGUGGACACAAGGAAGAUUACUUGAUGGAAGUUUGUAGAGCUCACAGUUGUCAAGCAUGGUGUUUUUCUACCUUCCUUCAAAUCUCUUGUGUAAUGUAGUUCGAUGCUGACAUUGCUGAGUUGAACCUCCAUUUCCCCACCCAAUGAAAUAGAAUGAGACAUGAUUGAACAGAGUUCAAAUCUUGCCUCGGAAUUUUAUACAGAUGUUCUAUUUCAUGGGAAUAGAUAAUUGUAAUGCUUGUUUUUAAUUCAUACCCAAAAAAUAAUAACCAAGCCUAUCUAAUGUUGUAUUUAUAUUCUAUAGCAUAUCUCAAAAGUAUUUUAAUAGCAUUACUUCACUGACCAUUGUGUAUUCUUUAAUACCAUAUACUAGCUGCAAUCUUUUUUUUUUUUGGUGGGGGAUGCGGAUGCCCACCCUACACGACACAUACUGCUAGAGCUGAAGUGGC